AUGAUGAGCUUCCAGAAUAUUCCAAUAAUUCCUGUAGUAUUUCCGAAGAUCGAACUUUUAAACAGGUUUAAUAAACUUCAUUACUUUAAAAGAAAAUAUAUCGAUGAUACCCAUUGUUGCAAUAUUGAACCAUUUAAAAACGAAAGUAAAAAUUUGAGAAUGUUUAACAAGCCAAUUUACCCUAAGGUAAAACCUCCAAAUAUUUGUUUAGUCAAUUGCAAAGCUUCGAGCAUACCUAUUAAAGACUUUAAGGAGUUUGUUAACAGUUUUUCAACUAAUUCAAAUGACGGUACCCAAUGCCACCCUGUUUUUAACGAAACAAACGAUUCUGUAAAGAUUGGUAUCAAGCUCCGAAGUGGUAAUAUUGCAAAAAAAAUAAGUAACUUUUUAGAAAUCAUUAAUGAAAAUUGUUCAAAUGUUCAGAAUUCAACUGUUAUUAAUAAUUGGGAAAUUCUCGAUGACAUUAAUGGGAAAAGAAUUACUAUAGAAAUAAACUCCUUAAAUGACAAAGGAAUUAUCAACAUUCAAAUCCCUUCAGAGAAAAGCUUGCCUGUAAAUUUAGAAUAUAUUAAAUCAAAAAACUCUUUAUCAAAAAAUGACUUGGAUGCUAUUCACUUUCUUAUGAAACCUACGAAUGACAAUAAUAAAUUUGAAGAAAAAAAUCUAUUUAAUAAAUAUUCAUUUUCAAAUGGCCAACUUUAUGGGAAAAAUCACUUGGAAAGGGAAAUAAUUGGCCAUUUUGAGCAAAUAUUUGAUAGCCUAAACAAAAGUAUUUUUUCUAAUACCUUAUUUAAUAAUCUAAAUAACGCUUUUAAUUCAAGAGAGUAUAAAUCAAAUAUGUUUGAUCAAUAUUCUGGCAAAUCGGAAUUUUUAACAACAAAUAAUGAUUCAAAUACUUGUAAUAAUGGCGUUAUAUCUUUAUUAGAAGAUUUGGGUGUGCAAGUGUUUUUUAACCGGGGUAAUGACUACAAUUUAGGUAAGAAUUCAUGGGAUUGUCUAGGAGGAUAUGAAGAAGUUAAACGCCAAAUUGAAGAGCACAUACUGCUAAACUUCAAAUAUCCAGAUGUAAUUGAUAAGAUCGUUAAUGGUACAAGAAUACAAAAAGAUUCAGUGAACAGGCCUAAAUUAAUUUUGUUUGAAGGCCCACCAGGGACCGGCAAAACAACUUCUGCAAGAAUAAUCAGUAAUACAAUUGAGGUACCUCUAAUUUAUGUUUCUCUUGAAAAUAUUGUCUCAAAAUGGUAUGGUGAGAGCGAAAACAGGUUAGCACAGAUAUUUGACACAGCAAAAAAAUUUGAAAAAGGAUGUAUAAUAUUUAUUGAUGAAAUUGACACUUUAGCUUCUUCAAGGGAUAAGACAUUUAGCAUGCACGAAGGUUCAAAAAAAAUACUGUCCGUAUUAUUGAGAAAAUUGGAUGGGUUUGAUACAUUAAAUUCGAAGACUCUCUUAAUCUGUGCAACAAAUCGCAAAAGAGAUAUUGAUGAAGCAUUUUUAAAUAGAAUUGAUUCAACUGUAUUCUUCAAUCUACCAAAUGAAAAUGAAAGGGAAGUUAUUUUCAAGCAAUAUGCAAAGCAUUUAACGUUUGAAGAACGGAUGGUGCUUGCAAAGAUGUCAAAAAAGCUAUCUGGAAGGUCAAUACGUCAUGUUUGCUUAGAAGCGGAAAGGGAAUGGGCUUCGAGGCUUUUGAAAAAAAAAGAAAAGGGUGAAUGCCAAAAAGAAGAAAUUGAACUACCCACAGUUGAGGUUUACAAAGAAGCAUUAAAGAAGAGGGUUAAUUAA